GGCGCCAUGGCCAACAUGGCGGCGGCCGCAGCGACCGGAAGUUCCUCCGCGUUUCCGCUUCCGGGGCGUGAACCUGGAACCGGGCGCGCGCGGACGCACCUCGACGCUGCUGAGCUCACUGACCCCGCCGUGAUGCUGCUGCUGCUGCUGCUGCCGCUGCUGCUCCGUGGAGCCGCUGCCCUGGGGGUCUCGCGCCCGCGCGGCGUCGCCCUGGCCCAGCUCCACUUCUACGACCUCAAGCCCUUCACGUGCCUGGACGGUUCGGCCACCGUGGCCUUCGCCUGGGUCAACGACGACUAUUGCGACUGCGCCGACGGCUCCGACGAGCCCGGGACGGCAGCGUGUCCCAACGGCCGCUUCCACUGCGCCAACGCCGUCCGGCCCCGCAGCAUCCCCUCGGCUCACGUCAAUGAUGGCGUCUGCGACUGCUGCGACGCCACUGACGAGUACGACAGCGACGCCCAGUGCAACAACACCUGCGAGGAGCGGGGCCGGCACGAGCGCGAGGCGCGGGAGCGCAAGGCUGCGGUGGCCCGCGAGGGGGCGCUGCUGCGGGAGCGGCUGGUGCAGGAGGCGGCCGCUGGGCGGCAGCACAAGCAGGUGCAGCUGCAGGGGCUGCAGGAGACGCGCCAGGGGCUGGAGCAGCGCGUGGCGGCCGCACGAGCAGCCAAGGACGCGGCCGAGGGCCCCGAGCGGGCGGCCAAGGAGCAGCAUCGGCAGCACUGGGAGGCCCAGCGCGCGGCGGCCGCGGCGGCAGCGGAGGCGUCCCGGGCCGAGGAGGCGUUUGCAGAGAUGGACACGGACGGCGAUGGGAGACUGACGGCAGAGGAGCUGCACAGCCGCCUCGGGGCCGACACCGACGGGACCGACCCUGAGGACAAAGUGCAGGAGCUGCUGCCCGUGGAUGUGGCCACGUUCCGUGACCAGCUCUGGGCCACCGUCCGCGAGCGCUACCGCACGCAGGGCCAGGCUGAGCCCCCCCCGCCGUCCCCUGAGCCCCCAGUGGAGGAGACUCCCCCUGAGGAGGAGGAGGAAGAGGAGGAGGAGGAAGAGGAGGAGGAGGAUGAUGAAGGGCCUGAGGAGGAGCUGAAGGUGCCCCCCCAGCACCCCCCUGAGGAGAAGGGGCCCGAGGAGUCCCCCGAGGAGCCACCUUUCGACCCCCCCACUCAGGCCCUGGUCGACGCUGCCCAGCGAGCGCGUGAGGAGCUGGAGGAAGCCGAGAGAGCUCUGAAGGAGAGUGAGGAGUCCAUCAGGGCCCUGGAGCAGGAGCUGGCGCUGGAUUUCGGGCCCCAGCAGGAGUUUUCCUACUUGUACAACAACUGCUACGAGCUGGAGACCAGCGAGUACAUCUACCGCCUGUGUCCCUUCAAACGCGUCUCCCAGAAACCCCGCAACGGCGGCGCCGAGACCAACCUGGGGACUUGGGGGUCCUGGGCUGGGCCCGAGCACGAUCGCUUCAGCGCCAUGAAGUACGAGCACGGGACGGGCUGCUGGCAGGGGCCCAACCGGGCUACCACCGUGACGCUGAGCUGUGGCACCGACACGGCCGUGACGGCCACGACGGAGCCGAGUCGCUGCGAGUACCUGAUGGAGCUGGUGACCCCGGCUGUGUGCCGCAGCCCCCCGCCCCACGACGAGCACGACGAGCUCUGACCCCCCGGGACCGGCCCCCUGCCCCACAACAAGCUCUGACCCCCACGAGACCCCCUCUGUGAAAACAGACCCCCCCCCCCCAUGGGGAUUUGCUUCAGCCCCUGUGCCUCUAUUUCCUCCUGGGGGGGUUCCCCAAAUCCUGGGGGAGGGUCUCUGGGUCACCCCUUCCCCAAGGGAGCUGCCAAGACCUCAAGGGACCACAGACCCCCACCCUGUGGGGGCAUUGCUGGGGAGGGGUGGGAUGGGAUGGGUGGGGGGGUCUCU